AGAAGCUUUGGGAGCUUCUUCAAUCUUGAAACCAGCCUAUACGUGAGAGAGCUUCAUGGCGAAAUUGUGAUCAUUUGCGCUUUUAUCGACGUUCAAAACUACCACCAGCAUAGACAUGGCUUCAAAAUAUUUCUUCGCUGCGAAGAAGAACAAAAGGUGAAGAAGUUAUCAGCAAAGAAGGAAAAAUUUUGGUUUGGAACAUAGAAAUUUAAAAUGGAUUACAGGUACCGGUGAUACGUUAGUGAAUACAAUACAGAGAUGGCCAAUGAUGACGAUCACAUUUUAAAUUUCUGCUUUCAUUUACCAGAUCCUAUCUUUCAAAUGGCGUCUCAUCGCUACCUGAGCAAUUUGAUCACUGGAGUUAUCAACGCCAUCUUUGCACCGUUUGCUGUAAUUGCAAACCUUGUGGUGUUUGUAGCAAUCUUGCGGAGUCCGACCCUUCGUUGUACACCGUCCUGUAUGUUGAUGGCUUGUUUGGCCUUAUCAGACUUUUUAGUCAGUGUAAUCGUCCAGCCGGCGUACCUAGCUUAUCGACUGAGCGAAAACCAACACGGUUAUGUAAACUGUGGAAUAAGACUCCUUUAUGCAAAUGGUUUUUAUAUCUGCUACGGAGUCUCGUUCAUGUCCUUAAGCGCAAUAAGCUUUGAGAGAUAUCUCGCUUUAAGGCUUCACCUUCGCUACAAAUGUCUGGUAACUGUGCGUCGAGUAUUGAUUGUCGCAGUCUUGAUAUGGUUUCUAAACGUGGCUCUAACAUCUCUUCAGUGGGCUCGCAUUAACAAAAUCGCACGAGGCGCGAGUUUGCUUUUCUGGUUCAUGUCUCUUUUUAUCGCUGGGAUAUCUCAUUUUGGAAUCCAUUGGAUCGUGCGCCGCCAUUGUCGGCAUAUCGAGCGUCAUCAGAGGUUAUCAUCGGGAAAUCAAAACUUUCGAAUCCAGGUCAAGCUUGCAGUUAGCGUUGCCUACAUCGUGGGGAUCUAUUUCCUCUUUAACUUGCCAGUAUUGGUUGUUACCACUUAUCACCAAAUUGGGACUGGGCACAUUGACUCGUAUGAUUACUACAGCUGGAGUGAGACUGCGGCCUUCUUGAACUCCUUCAUAAAUCCCAUGGUUUGUUGUUGGAGGAGAGAGGACAUUAGGAAAGCCAUCAAAAAAGUACUACCAGCAAGAUUUAUGUAAGCAGUGUAUUGGAGGGAAUUUAGAACUGUUGAUAUAUAUAGGCUAUUACAGCUGGAGUGAGACUGCGACCAUUAUUAACUCUUUCAUAACUCCCACGGUUGUUGUAUGAUGAUGAUGAUGACUUUAUUCAAACUCGGAUGAAAAUGA